AUGCCUGGCCUUUGGAAGGAAGCCUAUGAAGCACUUUACAAGGAAGACGCACGCUUAAUCGAGGCUUACGAAGAUGCACUUGUCCAACAAGACGAUCUGGGAUCACAAAAAUCAUUAGGAGAAAGCAAUUUCGACACACGUUUAGGGUCUUUGGCUAAACGCCGAUUUGCAGAGAUUGAGAGCUCGCGGCUGAGAAUCACCUUCGCGGGGAAAGAGAUCACUAUCCGAGAACAGGCCCGUCGCGCAAUUGACCUGAUCAUUUCUCUCAAACCAUCCAUUGCGAUUGCAGUGGGCGCAGACCCACACGCAGCAUUAGCAUGGGCUGGUAUCAUGCUUCUCCUAGCCCCAAUUACGAGAACCCUGACCCAGGACGAAAGUGCCAUGGAGGGCUUCGAGUAUAUACUGAAAGCUCUGAUUCAAUAUCGAGUCUUGGAGUCUACCCACAUUGAGAUCUACUCGAAAGAACCAAUUUCAAUAUCCAAUAACAUCAAGCCUCUGGAUGAGCUUGGAGCAUCGAUCAGAUCUCAAACUGUGAAGCUCUAUGUGGCUGUUCUGCGGUAUCAGAUGCGGCUAGCUCAGCAUUUCGCACAGUCGGGUCUUUUACAAUUUUCUACGGAUUUGAAGAUGACUGACGACUGGGACGAUAUGCUCCAGAAUAUUAGAAAAGCUGAUGAGUCGAUAAAUCGGGAGCUGAACACGCUUUCAAGCAAUACUUUGCGACAGGUUGAAAGGGAAAUACAGAGGCUCCACGAUGAGAUAGCAGACUCACGAUAUGUGAUCAGAGAAGCAAUAAGCGAAACAAAGGCAGUCAAGAAUAUCCAGCUGCUCGACAACCUUACCACUGCCAGUGGGGCGGCUUUCAAUUCCUAUGAGAAUCGGAAUAAACCUCAAUGUUUGGAGGAUACACAAACCAGGGCACUGGAACGAAUUCAACCAUGGUGCAUCUCUUCCGAUCGGCAUAUUUACUGGCUCCGAGGGAUGGCUGGUACAGGAAAAUCUACAAUCGCCCGCACAUUCGCAGCAGCUUGUCUAAAUCGGCAAUCUUUGAUCGACGGCAGUCCACUACCCGACAGUACAUGCCUUGGUGCAAGCUUCUUUUUCGAUCAAAAUGAGCGAGAUCGGAAUAAUCCGAGAAACCUUUUCACCACACUUUGCAGGGGCCUUGCAGACUCACUUCCUAGCCUAAAACCCGAAGUAUGCAAGUCCCUCGAGAUGCAUCCAAAUAUCCAGAAUGAGAUGCUUAUUAACCAAUGGGAGCACCUGAUCCUUCAGCCUCUUCUGGAGCUCGAUAAGCAUAUUUUGACACCUCUGACAUCUAUUAUCGUCAUUGAUGCAUUUGAUGAGUGUGAAACCGAAUCAGAAAAUGACAUUGACACGAUCCUACAGCUCAUCGCCAGGGCUCAAAAGUUGAAUACCAUCCACUUGAAGUUUUUCAUCACCAGCAGGCCAGAAUUAGACAUUCUUUCCAGCUUCAAUACCAUUAUUGAUGAUCUUCAUGCAGCUGAAUUGAACAAGGUCUUAGUUUCCCGCGACAAAAGUGCGCCCAAGGACGACAUAACGAAGUUUUUGAAGCAUGAAAUUGCCAUCAUUGCUCGAAGACAGAUGCUCACAGCUGGCUGGCCGGGUGAGGGUAAGAUUCAAGAACUUGCCUGGAAAGCCGACGGUCUAUUCAUCUACGCUGCAACGGCGUGUCGCUUUCUCGGCGACCGAAAAUUAACCAGGGAGCGCUUAAAGUCGCGCCUGAACCUUCUUCUCGAUGGCAAAGUAGUGGAGCGCUCUUCACAAAAGGGCUUGGAUGACAUUUACAGCCGAAUCCUCCAGUUCUCGGUUGUUGGAGAUGCAAUCGAGGAAGAGAAAGCGGACAUACGCGAUCGAUUUCAGGUAACGGUUGGAGCGAUCAUCAUGCUGUUUGAACCUCUAUCAGCGAAUGCUCUAGGCAAUUUGCUUUCAAUACCGGAACCUACCAUUAGAGAAACAUUGCAGAGUCUCUUUUCGGUUUUAUCCGUCAGUGAGGAAGAUAUGCCUAUCCGCCUUCUCCAUCUCUCUUUCCGGGACUUCUUGCUUGAUCCACAGCGAUGUGUCAACGAGGACUUUUGGAUCUCACAGAAGAAGAAGCACAGUGAACUAGCUUAUGCUUGCCUCGACUUUCUAUCUAAAACUUUGAAGCAAAACAUUUGCUGUCUCAGUGACUUCUCUUCUCUUGCUGCAGAGGUUUCACCCUCUCAUUUAGGCCAGUACCUUCCAGCUCAUGUCCAAUAUGCUUGCCGCUACUGGGUCGACCAUCUUCAGCGGGCCGGCACAGAUUUCAAAGACUACCAAGUCCACGUUUUUCUGAAGGAGCAUUUUCUACACUGGCUCGAGGCUCUUAGUCUCCUAGGCAGUAUUUCAGAAGGAGUUCGUGCCAUCAUAGUGCUCUCCGAGCAUAUAGGCAGUUUGCCAUGGCUCUCCGAAGAUAUAUCUAGCUCGAGACUCAAACUUUUCGAAAUAGUCAAUGAUGGAAAGCGCUUUGUACUCAAGUUCAGGUCAAUCAUUGAAAAUGCGCCUCUUCAACUCUACAGAUCAGCUCUUCUCUACUGCCCAGAGCUGAGCAUCAUUCGACAAACAUACAAGCACCUGAUUCCUAAAUGGAUAAUUGGCUUGCCACCAGUAGAAAGAAGGUGGAGCCCCCUAUUGCAAACACUUGAAGAUCAGCAAGCACUGUACGACGUUGCCUUUUCUCCCGAUGGAAAAAUAGUCGCGUCUUCAUCGGUUUGUCUCUACGAUGCAGCAACGGGAACUUUACUGAAGACGCUGGAUGCCCUCAGCGAGGAUAGCAAGCGAAGCGAAGGAAGCGCUGUUGCGUUCUCCCCGGACGGAAAACGUGUGAUGUCAAUAUCAUGGCAAGGAGCUCUCAGAGUAUGGGACGUAUCUUCCGGGAUGAUGAUCUCCGAAGUGAAAAGUGCCAUCGUUGGUGCAACAGCAUUUUGGAGAAAUUUCUCACGAGAUAGAACUAUUGCAGUGGCACUUCUUAACAGCAAUACGAUUGAAGUCAUUGACAUUGCAAACGGACGACUCUUGAAGACAUUCCAGCCGCAUGGAGAGGAUGCCCUGGCUUCUUUGGCACUCACCCAAGACGGCAAGACUCUAGCAUCUACAUCUCAGGGUGGCGCGAUUCAGCUCUGGGAUACACUCACGAUGACUCCCAAACAUGAACUCAAAAGAUCCUCUGAUAUCCCGUUACUGGAAACGCGAAUCACGUUUUCUCCAGACGGUAAGUGGCUUGCGACAUUGUCCCAAAAAUCUUCAAUCUCACUUUGGAACCCUGUCAAUGGAGAGCUUUUGGGUGAGAUACCCGGGUGGUUCUUGCUUUCUGCCUGA